AUGUCAGUCAUAGAAAUCGAGUCGGAGGAGCAGUUUACUCAGCUUACGAAAACUGAUCCAGACCAGUUGGUCACUUUAUACUUCCACACCCCAUGGGCUGCGCCAUGCCAGACCAUGAACUCUGUCAUCAAAACUUUGGCCAAUGCUAACCCUUCGGUCACUUUUCUUUCCAUCAAUGCAGACGACCAGCUGGAAAUCAGCGAGUUGUUUGAAGUUUCUGCUGUGCCUUACUUCAUUUUGAUUCGUAACUCAACCAUCUUGAAGGAAAUGAGUGGUGCUGACCCAAAGGAAUUGAUUGCCGCUUUGAAUGAGUUUUCCAGUGGUGGCAAGGCACCCUCUGCGGAAGAAAAAGGGCCUGCCGCCGCUUCGGCCCCUCCAACAGCAACAAACGAAUCCCAGGCUCCCGAAGAUCUCAACGAACGUUUGCAAAAAUUGACCUCCGCAGCUCCUGUGAUGCUUUUCAUGAAGGGUUCCCCUUCCGCUCCACAAUGUGGGUUUUCCCGCCAAUUGGUGGCCAUAUUGAGAGAGCACCAAGUGAGAUUCGGCUUCUUUGAUAUUUUGAAGGAUGACUCUGUGCGUCAAGGAUUGAAAACAUUUUCUGAUUGGCCCACAUUCCCACAGUUGUACAUCAACGGCGAAUUCCAGGGAGGAUUAGAUAUCAUCAAAGAGCUGCUUGAAGAUGACCCCGAGUUUUUCGAAAAGGCAGUCUCAGCAUGA